AUGGCAACCCCCGACCUAAAAGCGCUCUACGACAAAGAAAGCGAGCUCAACGCGCAGUGGGAGCGCGACAUCCACGAAGCCCGCAAAAAGCACUACGAGCACAACCAAGCCUUCUACCAGCGUCGCGCGGAGCUGGCCACCGGCUGGAGCGGCGACACGCAGACACACCACGCCCCCAUCGCGGACUUCUGGCUUACAGCCCUGCGCAAGGAGCACGGGACGCGCAAGCUCGUCACGAAGCCCGAUCUCGGCCCCCUGAAGUCCCUCAUCGACAUCCGUAUCGAGUGGCUGGAGGGCUUCGACUAUGUGCUUGUGUUCCACUUCGCGCCCAACGAGUACUUCACCAACCGGGUGAUGCGCAAGGAGUUCUACUACGAGAAGACGGCCGCGCCGACUGGGGAACCGUCGCCGCUGGAGAUGAGGGGGGAUCGGAUUCACUGGAAGAAGAAUCAUAUCUUGCAGGCGGAAUGUCAUGCGCGCAUUGGGACGAGGUCGUUCUUUGCCUUUGUGUCGAGAUCGCUGGCAUAUGGGGAUGCGCAGACGGCGGAGGAGGAGACGGUGGAGGAUGCGAGGAUGGUGGAGGACUUUGAGAUGGGGGAGUCCAUUAGGGAUUGCGUACAGCCUUACGCGAUGGACUUUAAUUCUAAGGUGUUUGGUGUGGAGGGGAAUCGGGAGGGCGAGGAGGAAGAGAAUGUUGAUGAGGAUGAGGAGGAGGGUGACGAUAUGGAUUGGUAG